AUGGCAGAAAAGUUGUUCAGAAAAAUCCAAUCUUCAGAUCAUGGUGGCCACAGUGACAGUGAUUCUGACGAAAACAGAAACACACUGGAUCAUGAUCACUUGGAUCUCCCUCUGGAGAAGUUGAGCCUUGGUCCUAGAAAGAAGCUUCUUGUUCUUGGUCUUGGUGAUGAUGAAAAAUUUAACCAAGACACAGGAAUAGAUAAGCUGACUUUAGAACCCAGAAGAAAGAAGCUUCUUGUUUUUGAUCUCAAUGGGUUACUAGUCUACAGGGUUUAUCGUUCCAACAAGCCUGAUGUUCCAAGUGAUCGUACCCCUGAUGGGAAAUUCGGAAACCAUCUAGUUUUCAAAAGACCUUUUGCUGAGGAGUUUGUGCAAUUCUGCCUUGAGAUAUUUGAAAUUGGAAUAUGGUCUUCUGCGCUAGAGUGUGGUCAGUCUCGAUGUACAGAUUCUGGAUUUAAGUCCUUGGAGAAAAGAAUGAAGCCUUUAUUUUUUAAAGAACUGAAGAAAUUGUGGAAUCAUUUCGGGGGACAGUAUUCUGAAUGUGAUACUUUGUUGAUUGAUGAUCAACCUUAUAAAGCCCUACUCAAUCCUGUAAUAUCAUAA